GUAGUUGUUAUUCCCCUGUCCCUGCGCCUUCGUCUCCACUUCGUCUCACCACCCACCACCACCUCGCCGGGAACCCUCGCCGGAGCCAGCUUCCGGCGAAGAACUCCGGCGGGAGCACACACGGGGGCGGAGCGGGGGCGAGCGCCGGAAUGGGGAGCAGCGGCCGGGGCCGGGCCGUCGUCGCAGUCGCUGCCGCUGGUGCGUCUCUCUAGGGUUGGGCAGGUGUCGUAGCUUUCUCCUUCCCUCGCCCGCGGGCGGGACUCCUCGGUCCCGGCGUCGCAUUGGGGUCCGGGGCCGCCGGUCGGGCCUCGUGAUCCCGCCGCGUUCGAGCUCGGAAAGGGGGCGGUUGCGGGGCAUGGGGGCAUCUGCUCCGCCUGGUGCUGACGCUUGCGAAUUCGGCCAGAGUUUUGGGCUCUGAAGAGGAAGAGGUGGCCGCGUGCGCCGAUCUGGAUGCCAUCUCAGGCCAUGGAUCAGAGGCGCCACCUCUCCCAGUUCAGCAAUCUCAAUGGGGCCGCGUCCUUCUCUGAGGAGCUUCGCCUCCCCACAGAGAGGCAGGUCGGAUUUUGGAAGUCGGAAUCGUUGCCUCAUCACAUCGGAAGCAAGUCAGUUGCAUCUUCGCCACAUGAAAAGCCCCAACCUAUUGGGACAAAAACUGCGGGUCGAGUAGAGCAUCUACAACCACUGAGGGACCAGAAGACUGCAUUUAGUCUUGAGCACAAGCUGUUUGGUCAAGAGAGACAUGUUAAAUUGCCAUCAUCUCCGUGGAGAGCUGAUCAAGAUCCUAACUACCAAUCCGAUUCAUCUCUAAAGGCGGAAGCUUUAUUUCCUGAUAGAUGGAGGACUAAUCCAAAUGAGGCCUUCAAUGAGAAUGGACUUUUCUCAAGCUCCCUGUCAGAAAUUUUUGACAAGAAUUUGAGACUGGCAUCCAAGAAUGUCCUUCUCCGUCAGCCAGUUGAAAAGGUCGACCUAAAUCAUGUUGAUGAUGAGCCCUUUGAGUUGACUGAGGAAAUCGAGGCCCAAAUAAUAGGAAACCUACUUCCUAAUGAUGAUGACCUGUUAUCAGGUGUUCUUGAUGAAGUUGGGCACACGGCCCAUGCUAACAAUGGCGAUGAUGUUGAUGAUGAUAUAUUCUACACUGGGGGCGGGAUGGAACUGGAAACUGAUGAAAAUAAAAAAAUGAUAGAACUUAACGGUGGUGGUACUGAUGGGCUUGGGUUGCUAAAUGGCACACUGAAUGGUGAACAUCCAUAUGGGGAACACCCUUCCAGAACCCUUUUUGUUCGGAACAUUAAUAGCAAUGUCGAGGAUUCUGAAUUGAAGCUCCUAUUUGAGCAUUAUGGAGAAAUCAGCAGCCUUUACACUGCCUGUAAACAUCGUGGUUUUGUGAUGAUAUCUUACUAUGACAUAAGGUCUGCACGAAAUGCCAUGAGAGCACUUCAAAACAAGCCACUCAGACGUAGAAAACUUGACAUACAUUACUCCAUUCCGAAGGACAAUCCUUCGGAGAAGGAUAUUAACCACGGAAUGCUUGUAGUAUUUAAUGUUGACCAAUCUGUAACAAAUGAUGAUCUCCAUCGUAUAUUUAAUGACUAUGGUGAAAUCAAAGAGAUUCGGGAUACUGCUCAAAAGGGUAAUCACAAAAUUAUAGAAUUUUACGAUGUCAGAGCAGCUGAAGCUGCAGUUCGUGCUUUAAACAGGAGUGAUAUUGCUGGCAAGAAAAUAAAAUUGGAGACCAGCCGUCUGGGUGUCACUAGACGCUUAACGCAGCAUAUGUCUCCAGAGUUGGGACAGGAAGAGUUCAGUGUGUGCAAACUGGGGAAUCCAAGCACAAAUAGCCCUCCAGUGCCUUCAUUUGGUUCAUCUAAUAUGGCAACAAUCACAUCUUCUGGCCUCGAAAAUGGGAGCAUUCAGGGCUUACAUUCUGGACUUCUCACAUCAAUGAGCUCAUUCAGAGAGGCGUCUUUUCCAGGCCUAUCCUCCACCGUACCACAAAGUUUGUCCUCUCCCAUUGGAAUUGCAUCUGCUGCAACUCACAGUAAUUAUGGUUUUCAAGGCAUGGGUGCUCUCCAUCCUCAUUCCCUGCCCGAAGUUCACAAUGGAACAACUAAUGGCACCCCUUACAAUUUAAACACCAUGGCACCAGUUGGCGUUAGUAGCAACUCGAGAACAGCUGAAGCAGUGGACAGCAGACAUCUCCAUAAAGUAGGUUCUGGCAACCUCAAUGGACAUUCAUUUGAUCGUGCCGGCGAAGGAGCUCUUGGGUUUUCAAGAAGUGGAAGCGGCCCUCUCCGUGGUCACCAGUUAAUGUGGAAUAAUUCAAAUAACUUCCACCAUCCUCCCAAUUCUCCUGUGCUGUGGCACAGUCCAGGAUCAUAUGUAAACAAUGUUCCAUCUCGCCCCCCUGCUCAAAUGCAUGGAGUUCCAAGAGCACCAUCGCACAUGCCCGAAAAUAUUCUUUCCAUGCACCAUCAUCAUGUGGGCUCUGCACCAGCAAUCAAUCCAUCACUUUGGGACAGGCGGCAUGGCUAUGCAGGGGAAUUCACAGAAGCGCCAACUUUUCAUCCUGGCAGUGUUGGAAGCAUGGGAUUUCCUGGUAGUCCUCAGCUUCAUGCAGUGGAGCUAAAUAACAUAUUUUCUCAUACUGGUGGGAAUCGCAUGGAUCCAACUGUGUCUCCAGGUCAGAUUGGUGCACCAUCUCCUCAGCAGAGGGGUCCUAUGUUCCAUGGAAGGAAUCCUAUGGUUCCCCUUCCAUCAUUUGAUUCAGCUGGUGAGCGGAUGAGAAGCCGGAGAAAUGACUCAAGUGCUAAUCAGUCUGAUAAUAAAAAGCAGUAUGAGCUUGAUAUUGAGCGUAUUAUGCGGGGGGAUGACUCCCGAACUACACUAAUGAUAAAGAAUAUCCCCAACAAGUACACCUCAAAGAUGCUUUUGGCUGCUAUUGAUGAAAGUCAUAAGGGAACUUAUGAUUUUAUUUACUUGCCAAUUGACUUUAAGAAUAAAUGUAAUGUUGGCUAUGCUUUCAUCAAUAUGACCAAUCCUCAUCAUAUCAUUCCAUUUUAUCAGUCUUUCAAUGGUAAAAAGUGGGAGAAAUUUAACAGUGAGAAGGUGGCAUCACUCGCUUAUGCCAGAAUCCAAGGGAAAACAGCCCUGAUUGCUCAUUUCCAGAACUCCAGUUUGAUGAAUGAGGACAAGCGUUGCCGCCCCAUACUCUUUCACUCAGAUGGUCCUAAUGCAGGAGAUCAGGAACCGUUCCCUAUGGGUUCUAACAUCCGAGCCAGGUCAGGGAGAUCCCGGACUUCCUUAGGUGAAGAAAACCAACAUGACAUCCAGACAGCCUUGACCAAUUGUGACACAUCUUCCAAUGGAGUUGACACGUCAGGUCCCACCAAGGACACUGAGUAACUGAACGUUGCUUGCCGGAUUGCUAACCACAAAGGCCCAAGCUAUAACUUUUUGCAACCCCAUUUCCAGUUCUCAGUUUACCCCUUUUCUCGAUUCUGGUUUCGUUGGUACAUCCCCCCAUCUGUAUUUAUUAACUUCCGUG